UCUUCUCUCAACUUUGCGUAUGCUGUCUCAAACGCCUGGUUUAAAAGGAAAAAAAAAAAAGAGUUUCUAGAAGAGAAGCAACGUAGUAAUAGGUAGGUGCGCACAUUCCAUUCUGAUUGCCGGAGGUAGUUACAGCUGCCAAUCUCGUGCUCCUCCAGUCCACCAAUUAUAUAUCCCACUCCGCAUCAGUUCAGCCCCUCCACGCCUAUCGCGUUACACUAGAGAGAGAGAGAGAGAGAGAGAGAGUGAGUGAGUGAGUAAGCGAGCAGAACUAGAAAUGGCACCGACGACGCUGACGGCCCUGGCGAAGGAGAAGACCCUGAACGCUAAGUUCGUUCGCGACGAGGACGAGCGUCCCAAGGUGGCGUACAACAACUUCAGCGACGUGAUUCCGGUGAUCUCCCUCAGCGGGCUCGACGAGGUCGAAGGGCGGAGGGCGGAGAUCUGCGAGAAGAUCGUGGCGGCGUGCGAGGACUGGGGGGUUUUCCAGGUGGUCGAUCACGGCGUCGACGCCGGGCUCAUCUCCGACAUGACCCGGUUGGCUCGGGAGUUCUUUGCCUUGCCGCCGGAGGAGAAGCUCCGGUUUGAUAUGACCGGGGGGAAGAAGGGCGGGUUCAUUGUUUCUAGCCAUUUGCAAGGAGAAGCAGUGCAAGACUGGCGUGAGAUCGUCACCUAUUUCUCAUACCCACUCCGGGCCAGAGACUACUCAAGGUGGCCUGACAAGCCCGAGGGGUGGAUCUCAGUGACCGAAAAAUACAGCGAAAAACUCAUGGAACUUGCCUGCAAACUGCUGGACGUGUUGUCUGAGGCAAUGGGUUUGGAGAAAGAUGCACUGACAAAGGCAUGUGUGGACAUGGACCAGAAGGUGGUGGUCAAUUACUACCCCAAGUGUCCGGAACCAGACCUCACUCUUGGACUCAAGCGCCACACCGAUCCGGGUACUAUCACCCUUUUGCUUCAGGAUCAGGUUGGUGGGCUUCAGGCCACUAGGGAUGGUGGGAAGAAUUGGAUCACUGUUCAGCCUGUUGAUGGCGCUUUCGUUGUCAACCUCGGCGACCAUGGUCACUUUCUGAGCAAUGGGAGGUUCAAGAACGCGGAUCACCAAGCUGUGGUGAACUCGAAUUACAGCAGACUGUCCAUAGCCACGUUCCAAAACCCAGCUCCGGACGCAACCGUGUACCCGUUGAAGGUCAGAGAAGGUGAGAAGCCAAUAAUGGAGGAACCCAUCCCCUUCAGUGAAAUGUACAGGAGGAAGAUGACCAAGGACCUCGAGAAUGCCAGGCUAAAGAAGCUGGCCAAGGAGCAGAGCUUGGAGAAAGCCAAAUUGGAGGCCAAGCCCAUUGAGGAGAUUUUUGCUUAGACCCCCCUUUGCUAGUUGCCAUGGAUCAUUGAUGGGCUUUCCUUUUCCCAAGUCAAGUGGGCACUUUCUGACUUCUUUUUGAUGUAAUGUGGGAUUUGAGCCAUGUUAUAAUGCAAAUAAAUAAGUUGCCCCACUUCUAA